AGCGUGACGCCAGAGACGGCGGCGGCGCGCGCACAUGGAAGGCGAACCAGCUCGCGCUCGAGCCGCUCAGAAGCAGCAGAAACGCUAAGCGGGACUGCGGGAGUGCGCGCGCGCGGCUUUAUAACGCACCGCUCGCUGCUGCUCUCCGUUUAUCUGGUUUUAUUCUUUAUCUCUGGAGAGUUCUUUCCUUUCUCGGUUGUUGAUUUAUUGUCUUUUCCUUUUUGCUUUGCACUUUCGACCAGAUUUCCCUCCCUCUACUCUUCUCGUUACCGGAGGAUUUAACCGUGUUGCUCGUGCGCAACGAUGGAGAAAAUGUCACGGCCCGUAAACUCCGCUUUCCUGCCUCCGACCCACGGGGUGCUGAAAUCCCUCUUGGAGAACCCAAUGAAGCUGCCAUUCCACCAUGACGAGGGUUUUGCAAAAGAGAAAGAAAAAGAGAAGAAGCUGGAGGAAGAUGGAACUGCAGCGAAUGCACCUCAGUCCGCGUUUCUUGGGCCAACCCUGUGGGACAAAACACUACCGUACGAUGGAGACAACUUCCAGCUGGAGUACAUGGACCUGGAGGAGUUCUUGUCUGAAAACGGCAUUCCUGCCAACCCACAGAGUGAGCAGAACCAGAUUACCCAGCAGCCCCUGCAGCAGAGCCCCACCAUGCCCUCACCACCAUCUGUGGUUGACCUGAGCAACCGGGCCAGCACCUCAGUACACGCUGAAAUGGUGACCCAGGGCUGUCUACCAAGUCCCAGCCGAGCAGUCUUGCCAUCGAGCCGCAACACCCCGAGUCCAAUCGACCCCGAGUCCAUCCAGGUUCCGGUGAGUUACGAUCCCGACCCUGCUGAUCUGGCUCUGUCCAGCGUUCCGGGUCAGGAGAUGUUCGACCCACGCAAGCGCAAGUUCAGCCUGGAGGAGCUGAAACCUCAACCCAUGAUCAAAAAAGCACGCAAAGUCUUCAUCCCUGAAGACCUGAAGGAUGAUAAGUAUUGGGCGCGGCGUCGGAAGAACAACAUGGCGGCGAAGCGUUCCCGGGAUGCCCGACGCCUCAAAGAGAACCAGAUCGCCAUCCGAGCCGGUUUCCUGGAGAAAGAGAAUGCGGCGCUCAGGCAGGAAGUGGCAGAGCUGCGUAAGGAACUGGGACGCUGCCGGAACAUUGUGGCCAAAUACGAGGCGCGGCACGGCACCCUGUGAACCCGCCCCUGACCUCUGACCUCUCCUCAAGCCCCACCUCCACCAUCAUAUCACCUACUACACCACCUUCUCCAAGGACUUCUGUGUGCCACGAUUAGAGCACUCUCCUCCACCCGUCUCUCUCUCUCUCUCUCUCUCUCUCUCUCUCUCUCUCUCUCUCUCUCUCAGUGUGUGACAGGUGUUAGCGCUCACUAGCACUUGCUCUCUGUCACCUUUAUUCUUUUCUUUCCUAUCUGCAUGUCUGAUUUUCACCGGAAAGUGGUGCUGAAUGCUUUCUCUCUCUCUCUCUCUCUCUCUCUCUCUCUCUCUCUCUCUCUCUCUCUCUCUCCAUCCUUGCUUUUAUCGCUUUUCCUCAUGCUAACACACACCAGCGUUGUUUUAUUUUUAUUCUCACCAUCAUGCACCGUCCUCUCAGAGAGCAAUAACUCCAAUACACAAAAAGAACGCAGUGCUAACCGACUCUUACUUUCUCUUUCUCUCUGUCGUCUAGUUCACCGUGUAGUGUGUGUGUGUGUGUGUGUGUGUGUGUGUGUGUGUGUGUGUGUGUGUGAAAUAGAUUUAUAUAUAAACCGUGCGUUCAUACUAACUAGCAACAAAGCAGAUUUCCUGUGGAAGUUUGUGAGAUGCGAUUAUGACGACAAUCAACAAAGUUACGGUUUUUAAUCGCCGAAUAAAAAUUAGCCAGGUAAUUCCACUUCCUGUCUGUGUUCGGUUGCUACGGCGCUUAUUUUCAGGUUGUUUGUUGCACUAUUUAUUAGUAAUAGCUUAGCUAACCAUUAGCCAGGCUAGCUUAUUGUUUAUUGUUUAAUGGCAUAGAGAUUCAAACCCUUACAGCAAAAAAAAAAAAAACCCCACACAUCUGAACAUCAGAAUGAUGCUACAAGCUGCUCCGAUGCUAGCAGGAUAUAGCGCUGUUAGCUAGCUAGCUAGUGAUUCCUAUUUUCAUAGCAAAAUACUGUUUUCAGCAUGCUAGUCAGUUUAGCUGGUAAAUACUAAGCUGUUCUUUAACUCCACAUUCAAUAAAAAAAACCCUUAGAGUUUAUUUCCUGUGGUGUUUAUUUUUUUGUGCUUCUGCUAGCUUUAGGAAACACUUAUUUUAGAUAAAAAUAUUUUGAAAGAUAUUUUAAAAGUUUAAAAGAGACAGUGUUUCCAGAGCAGGUCAGCUAGCUAGCUUUAGCUUUAGCUUUACGUUAGCUUUAAUGUUGCAAAAUAAAAGCAGCAUGUUUACAUAGAAGUUUCCCCUCAGAGCACACGGCUAACAAAUGCACAUGUGAACUCAUGCUAGCACACCUGUCAUCCUCCUCAUCUCUCUCUCUCUCUCUCUCUCUCUCUCUCUCUCUCUCUCUCUGUCUCUCUCUCUCUCUCUCUCUCACAAGCUGCACUAAAGCGUCUUUCACAAUCCGAUCUCUGGGUGCGAGUCUACCUUCUGUACCAGGAAUCUGAUCUAUUUAUGGACUGGUUGUUUUUUCUUUUUUACUUUGCACUUAUUAAUGUUUGAUGUUAUUAUAUUAAUCUUCUUCUCCGUGUAAUGAUCUUCAUCUGCUUUUCUUUAGAUGCAUGAAGGUGAAGUUACGCCGUUCUCCAGACUGUAAAACCGUGUUAUAUUUUAUACCUCCGGUCUAACAGGAUGGGACGCAUCAGCGAGCGCGUGACGCUAGAUCGUCCUGCGUCGUCGCAACACGACGAAGGAGAAAUAAAACUCGACCGAAAGGUGUUUCUGAUCAUUUGAAGGUCGUGUUCCUUUUCCAUAUAAAAUAAACUAGCUGGCUAACUAGCGUGAGGAAGGAGGACGCCGCUAGCCAAACAAUCCUGCUGUAAAUUGUAAGCUAACUGCAUGCUAACAGAGCAGGAGUGAGAUAAAUGCUAAUGCUGAUGCUAAGACUAAAGUCGGAGCGACGUACGGUCUGGAGAACGUGUUUGUUUUCUUUCUUCCCUCCUCUGCACCCCUUUUCUUUCCUGUUUCCUGUCGAGUUUUUUUCUGUUUCCUGUACAGAUGUGUGACGUCUUCUCUCGUAGCUUUACCUCGGUUCUCUCUCGUCUCUCAGAUGGCUGUGCUGAAUGUAUGCCGAGUUUUUCUCUUUUUUCGUUUUCUUUUUCAUUAGAGAUCGCUAGAUGACGUUGUCUGUGAUUAGCAUGGCUAACGCAAUCAGUUUGUUUACUACAGACCAAAACGUGUGGGACACACACACACACACACACACACACACACACACACACACACACACACACUAAUAACAGAGCUAUAUUGGUUAAAACAGAGAUGUUAAUGUUUAUACAGAAUAUUCUAGAGUUCUACGUUUUACGUCUUUUUGUACAGUAUUUUUCUUAUUCCCGAGUAAAAGGCACAACAGGCUCAGAGUCGUACGUAAACCUCGACAUAAAACAUAAUCUAUUUACACAAAUAUAUAGAAAUAAAGCUCUAUAUCUUCUAUGUUCCUCAGAGGUAAGCUAGCGUUGCGUUUUGUGAGCGAAUCAGGGGACGAUAUUAAAACUCGUCAAAACGCAAAGUCGGAUUUUGCCUUUUUUUUUUUUGUAUAAUUGUAAAGUGUGAAAAGAAAUGUGAUUAUAAAUAAAAGAACUGAUUUAUUAUUA